AUGUACCGUGCAGUCUUCACGCAAGAUGGUUUUUUUGGAGUGGAUGGACCAAACUUUGACACUAUUUUGCUAGUGAGAGAAAUACUGGAGACUGCGCUGCAAACUCACCAAGCGUAUCGAACUAGUUUGCUUGUUCCACGUAAAUGCGUCAAUCGCAUCUUUGCAGCGCUGCUUGUUCUUAAUUGUUGGACCACAGCACUUGUGCAUUCAUGUUUUCAUGAAAAUGCAGUGAAACGACGCCUUGUGGCGCUUGCUUGCGACAGCUUUCUUGAUUUUGUCUCAUCGAUGGGGAUCAAUAUGAUACUGGUGGCGGCGUAUAUUCCGGAUUUUGAUUUUAGCAAUUAUGGAUUUCCCUAUUUAAAAUGGUACGAAGACAAUUGGAGGGUUAAUGCAAUGAGUGAGUUUCAAAUGCUGUUUGUGGCCUCGUGGGUCGACAUUAUUUUGCGAUUGAUCUUUGCUUUAAGCAUGCUUGGAAACUUAAACAAUAUGAAGAAGCUUAUGCGUGUCAAGCCAGUGAAUGGCUCCGAAUUCGUAAAUUGCACUUUAAGACGUGGAGGAGCUGUUGUCCCUUUUGAUGGGAUCUCGUCGAAAUUUAUGAGUAGCGUUCGUGAAGUGGAUCGACAUUUCUUGCACUACUGGAUUGAUAAAAUAAGGCAAACAUUUUUCUUACUGUGGGGUUUUAUCGUAUUAGCUCUGCAUCUAUAUGCCGAGAUAAUGCCUGAGUUGUCACAAUGCACGAUGCAAGUAAAGCCGUGGUGGACUUCUCGAGCCUCUUGCUCGUUGCUUGAAUUGAAUUGCUAUAGAUCAGGAUUUAGUGGAGAUAAAGCUGAUAUCAUGGCGCAAUGGAGUUUAUUCGAUCCUUCGACAGUAAUGCGUGUUGUGAUACGUCAUUGUCCUUCGCUUGAAAUUCCUGUGACCUUGACUCAUUUUGUGGGAUUGAAAGAGCUAAAAAUUUACAACUCCACGAUUUCAAACUGGGACAAUGAAGCGGCUAUUGCUCAAUCCUAUCAUCCAGAACUUACGACGCUUUUUCUUGUGCGUGUUGAUUUGCCGAAUGGUGAGCUACCUCUCGGGCUUCUGGCUGAGGACUUUCCUCAAUCAAUUGAGGAUAUCGAAUUGUGUGUCACAAAUUUGCACUCAUUACCUGAAAAUCUUGACAUGAUAUGGCCGCAAUACGCAAGCAUUUAUCUUGAAGCCUGUCAGUUUGAGCAAGUCCCACCGUCACUGGUACGUCUUGCUCCAUUUGACUUAUCUUUGUCGUUAAAUCCAAUCUCGACCAUCCCAAAAGAACUUUUUGAAUCCGAGACAAUCGCAUACCUCAAUUUUGGCGGAACCUUAAUUUCAGUUCUUCCUGAAGAGGUUUUGAAAUUAGCUCAAUCAGUGUACGACAUCAAUCUGCGGGAUACCAGCAUUUCUUUUUUCUGGUCAUGGAUCGAUCCGUUGGCCAUAAUUCCGACAGAUAUUCCAUGGGUGUCCGCUGGAAGUACUCCUUACUGUAUAGAUUUACAACGCAUUUUUGAUAAGCAACAAGAAGAUUUCUCCGUUUUGCCACCCAGUCGUGCCGAGGCAUCGAUUUUGCAAAAUGCUUCCAUUGAUAAUUGGGCUGUUAUCAGCAAUGCCAUCUCUUGUGAAAAACUGAGUAAUUUGUGGUAUCCUUUAGAAUUUGAAGAUGAAUACAGCAAAAUUGUUUGA